AUGCGUCUGAUGCCGAACUUUGACCCUGGACAGGAAGCCUUUGGUGCCCUAUUACGAGAAUUCGCGCGGACCAGCGAAGUCGACAUGCAACAGAUAUUACAAGCUCUUUAUCUUACAGCCAUACACCGCGGGUUAUACAAUGAGAUCAUCCCCCUCCUCUACGAGAGCGGCCUCUCUCAACAAUGCGCUGGAUGGCGACAUGCGUUCAUACAUCGCAACGAUUUACCCCCGCCGAAUACCGAGUCACAGCCGUAUCUAAGGUUUCUUGCCCGCUACUACCCAACCAUCACCCUCGAACUGGAGGAACAGGUUGUCAUUGGCUUGAACUCCCAGGCCUACUGGGACGCCCAGGACGAAUCAUUAUGGGAUGCCAUUCAUGACACACAUGGCGAUGAGAGUGGGCCUCCGGGAAGACAGCACAGUGACAAACUUGGAGCUCGGUGGUUUGCAAGCUCUUGGGUGCCUCUUGACUUUGCAAUUCAUGCCGUUCACGCCCUUGGGGUGCACCACAUUGGCCCUCUGUCACUCCAGUCAAUUGCCUUGCGCGAACCGACGGCCAAAGGGGUCUUGGCCCGGAUCGAACAGCUACGGACAGUCAAUAUUGGCAUUGGGCAUUCAGCCUACGCAUGGGUGCUCAAACGAUUUGCCGAAAAUAAUGAGGACGAGCUUCUCGCGGAACUGCUGCACACCGACAUACAUCCAGACGUCUUCGACGACCCCGCGAUGCUUGCCAGCAUUCGUGACAAGGCCUUUGAUGAGGGAGACUGGAAAACACAUCGGUUGUUGCUGUCUGUCCAGCCCGCAAUGGUGGAAGACUCGGUCGACUCGACGUCGAACAUCUUGUUGCACCAUUUUGUCGACGAAGGGAGGUUCAAACAAGCUUUGGCUUUGCUGGAUGAAAUGCGAACGAUGGAUAUCGAGGUCCAUGCAUCAACGAUACAGCACAUCUGUGCGAGUCUUCUCGACCCCUUGCCAUGGAACCCAAAGACAACCACACUCAACCAGGAGGCGUUUUCCACAGCCAUUGCCUUUCUUACACGCCUGACACUAUUGCAGAAGCCUCUACACUCGCGGUACUGGCAGAAGGUACUCUUCGGGCUCGGCAAAUUCGGCCGCUUCGACGUGUUGGAGGAAGUCAGCCUUGGCAUAUUGGACACGUACCGGCAUCUUUGCAUCUCCAAUGCCGGACUACUUCCGGUCCAUCCGCUGGAUGCACCGCCGUUGGGCGAAGAGAGCUCGGCCAGAAACGUUUUUGUUCCGACAGACUUGCCCAUAUCCCAUGAGCAGCACCCCAUGCGCCGAAUCUUUGACAACCCUGCUCUACACGCCGCCAUUGUCCGUUGGGGAUUCAAAGCCGGCGGGUCGCGAUGUCUCGAUCUUGCGGGGAAUUGCCUCUCGGAUACGGAGGCUCCAGGCGGCGGGUUCCCUCUCGCCCGAGGUGUGCGAUUGCUCGCGGUACUGAAUGAGCGAGGCAUCCCGUUCCGAACGUCUGUUGUCCAAGACGAGGUUGUCAAAUGCCUGGCUCGGACGUACCUCGGCCAAGUCAACAGCGUGCCUAGGGUGCAUGCGGGAUUGCCCCCGUUGAGUAGCAUUCGGGAGCUUUUCAACAAGGCGGCUGGACGCAGGCUGUUGCCAGGGGUCGCAGAACUACAAGACCUCAUGACGGAGGCACGGGGAAGGCAAAGGAAAGGAUCAUGA